AUGCCCAAGCCGUUGACAGACCAAGAAAAAAGGAAGCAAAUUUCAGUGAGGGGACUUGCAGGAGUGGAAAAUGUUGCAGACCUCAAGACUAAUUUCAAUCGCCAUCUGCACUUCACUCUGGUAAAGGACCGCAAUGUAGCGACGAAGCGAGACUAUUACUUCGCCUUGGCCAACACCGUCCGUGACCAUUUAGUGGGAAGAUGGAUCAGGACUCAGCAACAUUACUACGAGACAGAUCCCAAACGUGUGUAUUACCUCUCUUUGGAGUUUUACAUGGGCCGCACUCUACAGAACACCAUGGUGAACCUGGCUUUGGAGAACGCCUGUGACGAGGCUACUUAUCAGCUGGGCCUGGAUAUGGAGGAGCUUCAGGACAUUGAGGAAGACGCUGGUCUGGGAAACGGAGGCCUCGGCCGUCUUGCUGCUUGCUUCCUGGAUUCCAUGGCAACCUUGGGUUUGGCAGCGUACGGUUAUGGCAUCCGCUACGAGUUCGGAAUCUUUAACCAGAAAAUUGCGAAUGGCUGGCAGAUCGAGGAGGCUGAUGAUUGGCUUCGCUAUGGCAACCCAUGGGAGAAGGCCCGCCCAGAGUACAUGCGUCCUGUUCACUUCUACGGUCGCACCGAGCACCACCCUGAUGGAGUUAAAUGGGUGGACACACAGGUGGUGUUAGCCUUACCCUAUGACACUCCAGUGCCUGGGUACAGGAAUAACAUUGUCAACACGAUGAGACUGUGGUCUGCUAAAGCGCCCUGUGAAUUCAACCUCAAGGACUUUAAUGUUGGUGGCUAUAUUCAAGCGGUACUGGACAGAAACUUGGCUGAGAACAUCUCACGUGUGCUUUAUCCCAAUGAUAAUUUCUUUGAAGGAAAAGAGUUGCGUCUGAAGCAGGAGUACUUUGUCGUGGCCGCCACUCUGCAGGACAUCAUCCGACGCUUUAAGGCUUCCAAAUUUGGCUCCACGGAGGCAGUCAGAACGGACCUCUCCAAACUGCCUGACAAAGUGGCCAUCCAGCUGAAUGACACUCAUCCAGCCAUGGCUAUCCCUGAGUUAAUGCGAAUCCUCCUUGACGAUGAGAAACUGCCCUGGGAUAAAGCUUGGGAUAUCUGUGUGCGUACUUGUGCUUAUACCAACCACACCGUCUUGCCCGAAGCCCUGGAGCGCUGGCCAAUCGAUUUGUUCCAGAACCUUCUGCCUCGUCACCUGGAGAUAAUCUACGAGAUCAACCGACGCCACCUGGAGCGUAUCGCGGCCCUGUACCCGGGGGAUAACGACCGACUUCGCCGUAUGUCUCUGAUCGAGGAGGGCGGGCAGAAGAGAAUCAACAUGGCGCAUCUCUGCAUCGUUGGUUCUCACGCGGUGAACGGAGUAGCACGCAUUCACUCUGAGAUCCUCAAAGCCACUGUAUUUAAGGAUUUCUACGAGUUGGACCCUAAGAAAUUCCAGAACAAGACUAAUGGGAUCACCCCCCGACGCUGGUUGGUGAUGUGCAAUCCUGGACUGGCAGAGGUCAUUGCGGAGAGAAUUGGAGAAGACUACAUCCGUGACCUGAGCCAGCUGAAAAAGCUCCUGAAGUUUGUGGAUGAUGAUGCCUUCAUCCGAGACGUCGCCAAGGUCAAACAGGAGAACAAGCUGAAGUUUGCUGUUCAUCUGGAGGAACACUACAAAGUGAAGAUUAAUCCCAAUUCAAUGUUUGACCUCCAAGUCAAGAGGAUCCAUGAGUAUAAGAGGCAGCUGCUCAACUGCCUUCAUAUUGUCACGCUGUACAACCGCAUCAAGAAAGAGCCCAACAAAUCUUGGACCCCUAGGACUAUAAUGAUUGGUGGAAAGGCUGCUCCUGGAUACCAUGUGGCCAAAAUGAUCAUCAAGCUUAUCACCUCCAUUGGAGACGUGGUCAAUAACGACCCUGUGGUGGGAGACCGUCUCAAAGUCAUUUUCCUGGAGAACUACAGGGUCACCCUGGCUGAGAAAGCCAUUCCCGCGGCUGAUCUGUCCGAACAGAUCUCCACUGCCGGCACGGAAGCUUCCGGAACAGGCAACAUGAAGUUUAUGCUUAACGGAGCUCUGACCAUCGGCACCAUGGACGGAGCCAACGUAGAGAUGGCCGAGGAGGCGGGAGAAGAGAACCUCUUCAUUUUCGGCAUGAGGGUGGAGGAUGUGGAGGCUCUGGACAAGAAGGGAUACGAUGCCGUUGAGUACUAUAACCGCAUCCCUGAGCUGAAGCAUGCGAUCGAUCAGAUCGGAGGAGGAAUCUUCAGCCCCGGUGAGCCCGAUCUCUUCAAGGGCAUCGUUGACCUACUGAUGCAUCAUGACAGGUUUAAAGUGUUUGCUGACUAUGAGGACUACAUCAAAUGCCAGGACAAAGUCAGCGCCCUGUACAAGAACCCUAAGGAAUGGACCAAGAAGGUGAUUCGGAACAUCGCAGGCAGUGGAAAGUUCUCCAGUGACCGCACUAUUGCCCAGUAUGCUCGUGAAAUCUGGGGGGUGGAGCCAAGCUUGGAGAAGAUCGCUGCACCCGACGACCCCCGUUAG